AUGACGGGCAUCAAGUUCUACGGCUCCCAAGUCGGUUCGAAAAUCAAACUAACUCAUCAGACCUCAAACGAGCCGAUCAGCCUUCUCUAUCAUGACAUCCUCACCGCGCUCAAAUCCGCACCAGAAAUCAUCUACAUUUUCUGGCCCAUAUGGCCCGCCCUCUCUGGCGACUUUUGCGAAUUAGCGCCCACACGCGCGAAUUUCUGGGCGAUUUUUCUGCAUGUCGUGUUGUUUGUGAUGCAGGUUCCGUUUGUACUAAGCGUACCGUUAUGGAUUUUGUUACCGGGCUGGACUGUGAUUAUCGGGGUGGCUGUGUUUAUGGUGUUGAAUAAUUUGGUGGCGUAUCUGUUGAAUGGACCGAAGAAGGAAUUUCGUAGUGGGGAGAAGUUUGCGAAGAAGAGGUCGGAGCAUGAGGGUGAGGAGUGGGUGUUUAUGAAUGGUGUUGCUGCUGGGGAACAUUGGCUUCAACGCAAUAUUGAUCGGAUUGCCUUGACUUUUGGACGGCCAGUUACGGGUCUUCAUAAUAAGACGAACGGAAUAGUCUUUGACGUUCUACAAGUCCUCUGGCAACGGAAUUUCCGCUACGCAACAACUGAUGUCCGGAAACACUUUACAAUUCUGAAAGCACUUCUAUUUGACCCUGAUACCAAGAAGCUGGUAUUCAUGAUGCACUCUCAAGGUGCCAUUGAAGGCGGCAUGAUCAUUGAUCUCCUACUUCAAGAGAUCCCACAAGAUCUCCUCGCAAAACUUGAAGUCUACACCUUUGGAUGUGCAGCCAACCACUUUAACAAUCCACGUCGACAUGUCAGAGGUAGUGAAGCUGAGCACUCUCAUAGUCAGAAAUGUCUCGAUAAAGACCGAGAUCCAGGGAAAGCUAUUCACCAUAUCGAGCAUUACUGCCAUACCAAGGAUUUCGUUGCGAGAUGGGGAAUCUUGCAUUACAUCAACCCAGGAAUUACCGAACCUGAUUUCCCACGCUUCAUGGGCAGAGUAUUUCAACGCGAAGGCAGCGGCCAUAUGUUCGGCCAACAUUAUUUCGACAACAUGUUCCCCUUGGAGCCAGCUCCCACGAAAGAUGGCGGGAUCGGCCAAAGCGGUUUCCUAGGCGCCGACGAGAAGAAGAACGCAUUCAUGAACGAGGACGUCGAAUGGGUAGGCAAAACGCGUGUGGGCCGUCAAGAAAACCUCGAAACUUCAGCUACCACUACAGAUGGCACGACACCGGAGUUUUACGACGAAGAGAGUAGUGAUGAUGAGGGGAAAGUUGGGAUUUUUGAUGAGAGUCCGAUUAAUUCGAGACAGAGCACAUUUAAUAGUGGGUUUGUGAAUGGAGAGGGGAGGAGGGCGUAUAAGGUGAGGAAUUUAAGUCGCUUGUGGCAGUAUAGGAAUGGGAAGUGUCCGAGGGUUGAUCGGGUUGAUGUUAAGGUGCAGAGGAUGAGGACUGCGUGA